AUGGAUGAAGACACUGGUAAAACUUCUCAAGCAUCGACAACUCAAAUGUCAUCAGUUACGUCCAACGUUGAAAUCGUUCGGCAACAACGUUUUGAAGUCGGCCCACGUUAUACAGAUUUGAAGUUUAUCGGCGAAGGCGCAUAUGGCAUGGUUGCAUCGGCAUUCGAUCAUGCAACACAACAACGUGUUGCGAUUAAAAAAAUCACACCUUUUGAACAUCAAUGUUUCUGCCAACGCACAUUACGUGAAAUCAAGAUUCUAUCUCGUUUUCGGCAUGAGAAUAUCAUUAAUAUUCAGGAAGUGAUCCGUGCGCCAACCAUUGAUCAAAUGAAAGAUAUUUAUAUAGUACAAUGUUUAAUGGAAUGUGAUCUUUAUAAAUUAUUGCGUCAUCAGCGUUUAACUGAUGAACAUAUUUGUUAUUUUUUAUAUCAAAUACUGCGUGGAUUGAAAUAUAUUCACUCAGCAAAUGUUUUACAUCGUGACCUUAAACCAAGUAAUCUUUUAUUAAAUACGAACUGUGACCUGAAGAUAUGCGACUUUGGCUUGGCAAGGAUAGCUGAUCCGAAUAAAGAUCAUUCUGGUCUUUUAACUGAAUAUGUUGCUACUCGGUGGUACCGAGCACCGGAAAUCAUGCUCAAUGCACGUGGUUAUUACAAGCCCAUUGAUAUAUGGUCGGUCGGUUGUAUUCUAGCAGAAAUGAUUGGUGGAAGACCACUGUUUCCUGGAAAACAUUAUAUCGAACAGAUAAAUUUAAUUUUAAAUGUGAUUGGUUCACCGAAUGAAGCUGAUUUAGUAUCAAUCGUGAACGAACGAGCUCGAAACUAUGUAAGCUUAUUACCUGUUCGCAAGCGAACACCAUGGAAACAAUUAUAUCCAACCGCAUCGGAUCUAUCAUUAAACAUGCUUGAUUAUUUACUUACUUUUAAUCCAAAUCGGCGUGUUACUGUAGAAGAAGCAUUGAAACAUCCUUAUUUCACUCAAUAUUACGAUCCAACUGACGAACCUACCGCUCCGCAUCCAUUUACAUUCGAUAUGGAAUUGGAUGACUUGCCAUUACCGCAAUUGAAGCAAUUGAUCUUUGAAGAAACGGAAUCCAUUCAUGAACGUUUACAGCAUAGAGAAUAA